AUGAAAAAAUUACAAGAUUGUUGUGCCAAAUUGUAUACAAAACAAUGUUUUCUUUUUCGUGUUGUCAAUACAGCAUUACGAGACGAUGAUCGAACUAAACUUGAAACAUUGGGUCCAUACUGUUAUCUAGUUUAUAACUAUAUUGGUCGACAUAUGAAAGAUAAUUUUUCAAUUCAUCGUCGUCUUUCACAAGUAAUUCACCCAACUGAAUCUCAAUCUAUGAUUGUCUAUCGUGGCGGUUAUGUUUCGCGUGAAAAGAUAGAAGAAUAUCAACAGGCAAUUCGACGAAAAGAUAUAUUUUUUAAAUGGCUUCCAUUCGUUUCGACUUCAUUGAACCGUGAUGUUGCUGAAACAUUUGGAAGAAAUGUUUUGUAUAUUAUUGAAUUGCGACGUUAUACACCUAAUAAUCAAUUUACACAAAAAUAUUUAGAAGCAUAUCUUGAAUAUACGUGGAAGAAAUUUGUUAGUUUUACAAUAAAAGAUGAUUUAACAGCAUUAAUUGGUUUAUCAAAACAUUCAUGA